AUGGAAAACCAAAGAGUGAUCUACUCUGAACUGAAUCUUCCCCGAAACCCAAGGAAGCAGCAAAGGAAACCUAAGGGCACUAAAAGCUCUGUUUCAGAAUGUGAACAAGAAAUAACCUAUGUGGAAUUAAGCCUUCAAAGAGCAGCUCAAGAUUUUCAAGUGGAUGACAAAUCUUACCACCGCAAAGGUUCACCGUUCCCUCCAGAGAAGCUCAUUGCUGGGAUUCUGGGAAUCAUCUCUCUUGUCUUAAUGUUCACUGUGGUAACCAGACUUAUCAUUGCCCGUAUCAUAGAGCACAGUCCCUGA